AUGUCGUCGCAGGCGUUUAGCUACAUCAUCCCACCGUAUUUACUAGACACCUUCCAUGGUUCAAAUCUACAACAAGAUCUUGCUUCCAUAAGCGAGCAAUUGAGCUUGGACAACGUGAUAACCAAGGACUCGCCCCACCUUUACCGUUUCAAGACUCAAGAAGCCACCGGUGACUCCGCAGACACACGAUGCCUAUUCUCCAAGAACCCGCUCAUGAACCAGGUGAUCAAGGAAAAGUUGCUUUACAAGUUGGCCAUAAUCGGCGUGCUCGGGAAUAAUCCCAUGGAAUUCAACCAGUACGACGACAAGUAUUUCUUGGAGAUGCUCGAGACGUUCAAGUCUCGAUUAAUGGACACUUCGCUGCUGUCUGAAGCUACCGAGCUGGAGAAGGAUCCCGCUGAUGGCCAGCCGAUACAAGUGCCGAAAUCGCUGAUUAGUAUGCCCGUGGUGGGAGAAGUCGAGUUUGGUAACCUUUACCGGGACGCACGCUUGUUUUCGACCGACCGAAGCGCUAGCAAGCUCCGCGAGGUUUUAGCUGGCGACUUGAGGAAUGCGCUUGUUACCAAGGAGAAAGAUGAUAUGCAAAACUCCAUGAGCCCACAUGCCCUGAGCAACGGCACUGGCGCCGGUAGUGCAGGCGGAGGAGGCUACGGCGGAGGAGGCUAUGGCUAUGGCGGCGAAUAUAAUCGAUUCUCGUUUGUUUCAAGUUCAUUACCGACAACGUGGACCCCAUUGAUACCCAGCUCGCAAUUGGACUAUUUGAGUCGUGAGUUGCAUUUGCAAGUACGAGAUGAGUCUGGGCAUUCCACAAUCCAUAUGGAAGUCGGCACCACCACGGAUUCAUCAGUUGAAGCGGAAAAAGUGUCCAGUGUUGCUCUGCAACAUCACUACAAUUUCAUCACCAAUCGGCCGGUUUCUUCGUCCAUGGGGAUUUUCUACUAUGAAGUCGAGAUUCAGCAGGUGUUGACGCGGACGACAGAUUUCGAGCCAUUGAUCUGCACAAACGAUCCUUCGCUUAGCUCAAACUCAACUUUGGAUUUCCUUGCUGGAUUCACAAAGAGAAUCGUCACUUAUGAUUCAUUCAAGGUAUCACCUUCGAAUACUAAUCAACAGUUUUGCACGAUUGAUUUGGAGAAAAUCCGGUACGAAUUGUUGAAUAAUAAAUCAACAGAAGGGUUUUCUAGCGGCGAUUUGAAGCUAGUGUUUACGACAAAGCCGGGAGAGUUUAAAGGUAGUUUUGCGGUUAAUUUCCAAGACUCGACUUUUUACAACUCGGUAAAAGGUUCCGAGUCCAUGCAACGGAGCCAAAUGCUCAGCAUGAACAGAAGAGUCAGCUCCGCGAGUCGCAGCAACAAUUCCAAAGAAGACUUGGACUCGGGCAAGAUCGAAGUUGGCGCACCUUUCAAAACCAACAUUUUGGAAAACUCCAUCGAGCGCAGAGUUCAAAAGACAGAUAUUGUCGGAUGUGGCGUGAAUUUCGUAGACAAGUCCAUUUUCAUCACGUUGAAUGGGGUGCUCACCAAAGUCAUCACCGAUAAGGAAAUGGCGUCGCUGCAAUCGCCGUUGAAUGACUUGUUUGAAGCUACUGACUUGAACUCGCAUGGGGUCGAAGUUUUCCCCAUGAUUGGAUUCAAGUUGAAUAAAUUGGACACAAUUGAACCGGGCAGCGAGCCAACGACGUGCAAGAUCAUCACCAAUUUAGGAUUCAAAGAGUUUAGGUUCGACAUCAAGAGUUAUACCAACAAACUCAAAGUUGAAAACCAAAAAUUCAUCCACUUGGCAUUGCUUGAUCGCAUGAGACUGAAAAACACGCUGAAUGAGCUGGCUUCAUUCGAAGAUAAAGUUGAAAGCUCCGUGUUGAACAUGGAUAUCGACUCGCAGAUUAUGAACAGGUUGAUCAAGGAGUACUUGAUUGAUCAAGGCUUUAUCGAUACAUUUGAAUCAUUCAACGCUGACUUGAAUGCGAUAUCACCUGACGCUAUGCAACAACAAAAAAAUGGCGGAGUCACCACGCAAACACUUGGCCUUCAAAAGGAAGAUGAAGAGCUUUUGAAAAAGACCCGCGGGCUGGAAAGAGUUUAUCUCAAAGAUCUCAUACUUGAGAACAAAUUCGAUAAGGUGCUUGAGAUAUUGGAAACCAAUUAUGAUGACAUCUUCUUCGCCACUGACUUGAGGUUCAGAUUGAACGAAUUGAAAUACAUGCACCAUUUGAAACGGUAUUUGGAGAGGAAACUAAAUCUCGAAAAUUACGAAUUUGAGUUUGAGUUUGAGGAAAGCGAGCAGGACUUGUAUAAUCAAGUUGUUGAAUGUCGCGCCAAGAUCAUUGAGCAGUUUCCCUAUGAACACCACCGAGCCAAGCUCGAUGAGCUAUCUCCGCUUUUAUUCGUCAAACUGAAGGAAACGUUGGAGAAAUUGCCAACGGCCAAGAUUUUAUUGGACGAUUACGACAAGCACAUCAACGAAGUGCUCACUUUGGUCAAUACCCACGUGUUGCGUCGCAGUGGACCCGAGCCGAAGUACUGGCUGAUCUUGGAGGAAAUUUGCCACGAUGUGGACCACAAUAUCGAUGUGUUGGUGAAUAAUUACAAUGAUGAGAAGUUUAUGUUGGUGAAUCUAAAGAAAGAUUAUUACGAUGUAUAA